CCAGGGUGGUUGGUGGUGAGGAUUCAGGCUCCGUCCAGUCCAAGCGAGGCCUUGGCCUGAGGCUCCGGGCCCCCAGCCCCUCCCUCCCAGCGUAGCCAGCGUCACCCCCCAGCCCCGAGCUGGACCGCACACCUUGGGACACGGUUUUCCACUUCCUAAGGUCGAGCCCCCGGCUGGAGGAGAGGUCCGAGGAGGUGGGCGUUGGACUCUUCGCGAGGACCCCGGCGGCGAGCCCCGGGGAGGCGGCCGAGGUGGAGGUGGCCGGGGGCGACAUGGCGGAGGAGCAGGACCUGUCCGAGGUGGAGCUGAGCCCCGUGGGCUCCGAGGAGCCGCGCUGCCUGUCCCCGGGGAGCGCGCCCUCGCUGGGCCCCGACGGCGGCGGCGGUGGCGGCGGCUCAGGCCUGCGCGCCAGCCCAGGCCCCGGCGAGCUUGGCAAGGUCAAGAAGGAGCAGCAGGACGGCGAGGCGGACGACGACAAGUUCCCCGUGUGCAUCCGCGAGGCCGUCAGCCAGGUGCUCAGCGGCUACGACUGGACGCUGGUGCCCAUGCCCGUGCGCGUCAAUGGCGCCAGCAAGAGCAAGCCGCACGUCAAGCGGCCCAUGAACGCCUUCAUGGUAUGGGCGCAGGCAGCGCGCAGGAAGCUGGCCGACCAGUACCCGCACCUGCACAACGCCGAGCUCAGCAAGACGCUGGGCAAGCUCUGGAGGCUGCUGAAUGAGAGUGACAAGCGCCCCUUCAUCGAGGAGGCCGAGCGACUCCGCAUGCAACACAAGAAAGACCACCCGGAUUACAAGUACCAGCCUCGGAGGCGGAAGAACGGAAAGGCGGCCCAGGGAGAAGCCGAGUGCCCAGGCGGCGAGGUGGAGCAAGGCGGGGCGGCCACCAUCCAGGCGCACUACAAGAGUGCCCACUUGGACCACCGGCACCCAGGAGAGGGCUCCCCGAUGUCAGAUGGGAACCCAGAGCACCCCUCAGGCCAGAGCCAUGGCCCACCUACGCCUCCCACCACCCCAAAGACAGAGCUACAGUCGGGCAAGGCUGACCCCAAGCGAGAUGGCCGCUCCCUGGGAGAGGGCGGAAAGCCCCCCAUCGACUUCGGCAACGUGGACAUCGGUGAGAUCAGCCACGAGGUAAUGUCCAACAUGGAGACCUUUGAUGUGGCUGAGUUGGACCAGUACCUGCCGCCCAACGGGCACCCAGGCCACGUGGGCAGCUACUCGGCAGCUGGCUACGGGCUGGGCAGUGCCCUCGCUGUGGCCAGUGGACACUCUGCCUGGAUCUCCAAGCCGCCGGGCGUGGCUCUGCCCACGGUCUCACCACCUGGUGUGGAUGCCAAAGCACAGGUGAAGACGGAGACCUCAGGGCCCCAGGGGCCCCCGCACUACACCGACCAGCCGUCCACCUCCCAGAUCGCCUACACCUCGCUCAGCCUGCCCCACUACGGCUCCGCCUUCCCGGCCAUCUCCCGCCCCCAGUUCGACUACACUGAACACCAGCCCUCAGGACCCUACUACGGCCACUCAGGCCAGGCCUCUGGCCUCUACUCAGCCUUCUCCUACAUGGGGCCCUCCCAGCGGCCCCUCUACACGGCCAUCUCUGACCCCAGCCCCUCUGGGCCCCAGUCCCAUAGCCCCACACACUGGGAACAGCCAGUAUAUACAACGCUGUCCCGGCCUUAGAAGGGGCCCUGUCACCAGCACCCCUGCCAGGCCCCUCCUGGAUGUCACACCCCUCCCCAACCUUUGUUCCCUGCUCCUUGCCCUUCUCGAGCCUGGCGGUGGCCCUGGGCCUGGUGGUGACCCUCGAAGAGGCUGCAGGGAAGGCUGUGUGGCGGCCCUCCCUUGAUGACCCCACCACACCCCAUCCAGGCCCGGCCAGGGCAGAGCUCUGGGCUGCUGGGCUGGGCCUAGGAGAAAAGGUUGACUGGUGCCCCUAGACUGAAAGGUGAGGGGCAGGACCUUCCCCCAGGAAUGACCCUAGGACCUGAGGAGGCCCAUUCACCCCUGUUGGGGAGGAGGACUGACAGGAAUGGGUGGCUGUGCUCCCCCUGUCACGGUUUGAGGCCUGACCUGACCCUGUGUCAUAGUGCCAUGGUGCCUAAGGGCCAAGCCAACCCAG